AUGUGUGUUCGUGUGUUCGCCUGUGACAAGCAACACCCACCCAACCCAUGUGUAUAUUUUGAAUCCCUCCUCUCGGCGCCCGCGUCCUCCGUGUCCGUGUCCGUGCGGCGCAGCUACGCCGCCUCGUCCGCCUCGGCGGUGGAGAGCCUGGACCUGAGCCAGGUGGCGGCCAUCAGCAACGACCUCAAGUCCAUCCGCAGCCAGGAGAAGGCGCAGCUGCAGGACCUCAACGACCGCUUCGCUAGCUUCAUCGAGCGGGUGCACGAGCUGGAGCAGCAGAACAAGGUGCUGGAGGCGGAGCUGCUGGUGCUGCGGCAGAAGCACGCCGAGCCCUCGCGCUUCCGCGCGCUCUACGAGCAGGAGAUCCGCGACCUGCGCCUGGCCGCCGAGGAGGCGACGAGCGAGAAGCAGGCGCUGCAGGGCGAGCGCGACGGGCUGGAGGACACGCUGCGCGGGCUGCAGGCGCGCUACGAGGAGGAGGUGCUGAGCCGCGAGGACGCGGAGGGCCGGCUGCUGGAGGUGCGCAAGAGCGCGGACGAGGCGGCGCUGGCGCGGGCCGAGUUGGAGAAGCACAUCGACAGCCUGCUGGACGAGCUGGCCUUCCUCAAGAAGGUGCACGAGGAGGAGCUGGCCGAGCUGCAGGCGCAGAUCCAGUACGCGCACCUCUCGGUGGAGAUGGACGUGGCGGCCAAGCCCGACCUGUCGGCGGCGCUGCGCGACAUCCGCGCGCAGUACGAGAAGCUGGCGGCCCGCAACAUGCAGAACGCGGAGGAGUGGUUCCGCAGCCGCUUCACCGUGCUCAGCGAGAGCGCCGCCAAGAACACGGACGCCGUGCGCGCCGCCAAGGACGAGGUGUCCGAGAGCCGCCGCCUGCUCAAGGCCAAGACGCUGGAGAUCGAGGCCACGCGCGGCAUGAACGAGGCGCUGGAGAAGCAGCUGCAGGAGCUGGAGGACAAGCAGAACGCCGACAUCUCCGCCCUGCAGGAUACAAUUAACAAAUUAGAAAAUGAACUGAGAACCACAAAGAGUGAAAUGGCCCGGUAUUUGAAAGAAUACCAAGAUCUUCUCAAUGUGAAAAUGGCUCUGGACAUUGAAAUUGCAGCAUACAGGAAAUUGUUGGAAGGUGAAGAAACCCGACUCAGUUUCACCAGUGUUGGAAGCAUAACCAGUGGCUACACACAGGCUGUCCCAACCUUUGGCAGGUCUGCCUUCAGUGGUUUACAGAGCAGCUCCUACUUGAUGACAUCUCGUACCUUCCCCACUUACUACUCUAGUCAUGUUCAAGAAGAACAGAUAGAAGUAGAGGAAACUAUUGAAGCAGCUAAAAUGGAAGAAGCCAAAGGGGCACCCCCUGCAGAAGGAGAAGGUGCUGAAGAGGAAGGUGAGGAAGAAGCAGGAGGUGAAGAAGCUGAAGAAGAAGAAGGUGCCAAAGAGGAAGCUGAAGAAGCCAAAGAGGGUGAAGAAGAGGAAGGAGGAGAAGGGGAAGAAGCAGCAGAAGAAGGAGAGGAAUCCAAGGAAGCUGGUGAGGGAGAGAAGGAAGAAGAGGUGGCAGGAGAGGAAGAGAGUGAAGAGAAGAAGAAGGAUUGAUUUAGACUGUGUGUAGGUUUCCCAAUUAGGUCAACAGUACAACCCAUAAUUGACUUAGCUAAAAUUGCUGCACCACAUAUUUAAUUCAGAGACCACUAAGGUUUAAAGUUAAUGUUCUAUGAUGUUUCUGUCUAUGCAAAGUAUCAGCAUGCUUGCAGAGUGCCCUGCUGGCUUGCUACCAGAAUACGCAUGGCGUAUGUGUCUGAGUGUGGGAAUUAUGGUCAGUCUGGGGGAUUAACAACCUUAAAAAAAAUCAAGUCACAGGGUAAGAAUUCAUUUACACUUAAAAUAUUUAUGGAAACCUUGGGUGGUUUAACUAAUGAAGGCUUCAAUAAGUAUGUGCAAUACAGCUAGUCAAUAAAGUUA